CACAACGCGCUUGGGCAGGAAGCAAACCAGCGUGGGCUUCGUUUGGAACCGGAAACUUCCUGCGGUAAGGUUAGAGAGCAGGAGCAGAGCAGCAGCGAGGAAGAGAAAGGGAAAGUAGAAAGUGUGGCGAAAGUGGAGGAUAAGGAGAAAAAAAGACAAACGAAGGCGAUGAAACAGCAAGAGGACCAAACAAAAGCAUGAAAGAGGAAGGAAGGGAAACAGAAACCGAAGCAGAGCCUCAGAGUUCCCAGAGCUGGACACCAGGCUGCUGCCUUAGCUGCUGCUGCUGCAGCUCUAGCUGCUGCCGCCUUAGGUUCUGCAGCUCUAGCUGCUGCUCUAGCUGCUGCCGCUCUAGCUGCUGCUGCUCUAGCUGCUGCUCUAGCUGCUGCUCUAGCUGCUGCCGCUCUAGCUGCUGCCGCCUUAGCUGCUGCCGCCUUAGCCGCUGCAGCUCUAGCCGCUGCAGCUCUAGCCGCUGCAGCUCUGGCCGCUGCAGCUCUAGCUGCUGCCGCCUUAGCUGCUGCAGCUCUUGCUGCUGCAGCUUUAGCUGCUGCCGCCUUAGCCGCUGCAGCUCUAGCCGCUGCAGCUCUAGCCGCUGCCGCCUUAGCUGCUGCAGCUCUAGCUGCUGCUUUAGCUGCUGCUCUAGCUGCUGCCGCUCUAGCUGCUGCCGCUCUAGCUGCUGCCGCUCUAGCUGCUGCAGUUCUAGCUGCUGCAGUUCUAGCUGCUGCCGCUCUAGCUGCUGCCGCUCUAGCUGCUGCCGCUCUAGCUGCUGCCGCUCUAGCUGCUGCCGCUCUUUCUUUAUUCCACCCCUGCAUCCGCUCACACAGCUUCUGCUUCUCUGCCCACUUCUAGAUUCACAGAGAAACUCUUUAUUAUCUGAAUUUAUCAAUUUACUGUUGUUGCCAUGAAAAACCAGAAUCCAAAUAAAGCAUAAUCUAUAAAUAAAUAAUCUAUUAAAAAAAUCAGCAGUUCAGUUUUCCGAUCUUAAGGUAUUAGGGCCACCAUUAGAAAAAAAAAACAUUCACGAGAAUAAAACCGUAAAAAUAUGGAGAAAAGGUUGGAGCCUAUCCUAGCCACGAGAAAACACAUCGUCCUAAACGGGAGACAGACUUUAUACUUCUCAAUCUUUAACUUAUGAAAUUAUCAUUUUAUCACAGACUCUCUUUCUUGUUUGUGUUGUUUUUUGUGUCUAUUUUUAUCAUGAUAAUUUUACAAAUCUAUUUUUCUUAUAAUUUUAUGACUUUUUUCGCAAUUUUUCUAACCUUUUUUCUCAGAACGACUUUAUUCUAGUAAUUGUACGACUUUUUCUACGGGUGACGACUUGGUCCAAUCCUCAUAUGCAGUCAAUGGUGUAGCCCAACAAUUCAAAGUAAAAGCUGGCAAACAGAAUCAGGAUCGGCUCAAAACCAAUCAAAGGUGAAGCCACAGGACCCAUUGAAAUGGAUGGACAGAUUUGCUCUUGUUUACAGGUAAAAUUGGAUUUCACUUUAGGUUUCUUAGUUUUACAGGACAAAAUCCAGAACUACUCUUGUCAAAGUAGACUCUCUUUCAAUGAAAGGAAAGUUGCUGCUUCAAAAUCUCUUCUAGAUGCGAUGUGUCCAGUGAUAGGAUAGGAAAAAACACAGGAUGGAAGGAGAAACACGGCCAUUCUGCUCUGGGUAACUAAUGGGGAUAGAGCAGAAAUCUGCAUGACUGGACUGUAGUUUAUAGGUUUGUCCGUCCCGAUCAAGGAAACCAUUUCCUUGCGAGGCGGAAAUCCGUGUCAAUCUCAGGUUUACAGCGUUCAUGAGAGUUGUCUUGGAGGACGGGUAAAAGCGUCGAGCGUCACGCUCAGCAAGAUCCCAAACCCUUGAGGAAGCCGUGGGCUCCUGAGCCUCUCUGAUGACACAUCAUUUUCACUCUGUGGUUUCUCGGGCCCCCGCUAAUGCUCGCUAACGUGCACGCCGGGCUCAAGUUGCCAGGGCAACUCUAAAGCGCUGGAGAUGAAUGAAAGGAAGAAGAGGAUGAGAUCACUGGUGUCUUGUUUCUUUGUUGCAGGACAGAAGCCGUGGACGUCCUGUCCCAGUCAGACGAGGUCUCCCGGUUUGUUUCGUGGUUAGAAACCUCAGCGAGAAAUACCAGCAGGUAGUCCCACAUGACUUAGGAUGACAAACCCAGACUGUGGGAGUAAAAACGAUGAGAUUGGACAUUUUAUUGGGUCGUUCUGUCUGCUUACAAACAACUCAACGCAAGUCAAUAAUUCAAUCUACAACUUCAGUUUUAUUAUUUUCAUGUUUAUUGAUGUAUUUGUUAUUAUAGCUGUGUAAAAAAAUCCAUCUCCACUUACAUUUUGAACGAUCAAAUCUAUGAAUUCUUUUCUUGUAAAGCUAUUAUUUGAAAAGCAAUUACAUGCAUUUUUUAUAUAAAGUUCCAGUUUGUUGAGUCUGAA